GACAGCGACUGCAAUAGGCGGGCAGCCGGACAGUCGGGCAGUCGGGUCGGCCGGCAGCGUCAACCAUAUACAAAAGGAUUUAUGGCCCGUGCGCGAGUUUAGGCAAAUUUUGGCAAGCCCACCGACUGACUACCUAGCCAACCUAUAUAUUGCACGAGUGUGCUCGGCCAGGACAUCACUAGCAAUUCGGACAGCCAAGCAGCAGCACACGCAAGAUGUCAUCCGUCAUGCAUUACUAUCCAGUGCACCAGCCCAAGAUGAACGCCUAUUCAGCUCCCUCGGUCAAGUACAGCAAUCUCCUGUACGGCCACCAUCACAGCACGCAGCCAGUGACAAUGCAGCAACUGCAGCCGGUUCCAGUCGUGCAUACAAUGCCCACCUACCAGCCGCCCACGACGCUGCCGCAGUCUGUGGGAGAGCAGCCCGGACAGCAGCUCUCGUCCGACGAGAAUAUGCCGCUGCAGCCGGCGCAGGAGCAGCGCGUCAAGCUGAAGCGAUCGCGCACCGCCUUCACCAGUGUCCAGCUGGUGGAGCUGGAGAACGAGUUCAAGAGCAACAUGUAUUUGUAUAGGACGCGCCGCAUCGAGAUCGCACAACGGCUAUCGCUGUGCGAGCGGCAGGUGAAGAUCUGGUUCCAGAAUCGGCGCAUGAAGUUCAAGAAGGACAUCCAGGGCCAUCGCCAGCGCGAUUCCAAGCCCAAUGCCAAGCUGUCGCAGCCACAGACGGAGCAGAGUGCUCAUCGCGGCAUCGUGCAGCGUCUAAUGUCCUACUCCCAAGAUCCAAGUGCUGAAAAGCGGUCAACGAACUUGACCCCGCCCGCUAUUCCGGCCACGCUGCCGAAUUCCGUGCAGAACUACUAUGCGCCGGCAAAGCCCAAGCCUAAGCCCCAAUCAAUGGCCAGUGGCACAUCUGACCUCAGCGAAAUUCUAGAACAUCUUGCCCAGUCCACAACCACGCCCGCUUCGAAUGCGCCAACUACGAGCUCUGUUUCCAGCGGACACUAUUCCUACAAUGUGGAUCUGGUGCUGCAGAGCAUCAAGCAGGAUCUGGAAGCAGCGGCGCAGGCAUGGUCCAUAUCCAAUCCAGCGCAGAGUAGACAGCAUUCCAACGAGUCCCAUGCCAACUCAUCGAUCUCCAUGAAUCUAUCAUGGGGCGAGCCCGUGGCCAAGUCCAGAAAAUUGAGCGUCUCCCACAUGAAUCCCUGCACAUACGAUUAUCACAACUGAUGCCCUAUUUGAUAAUGUACAAUUUAUAAUUGA